AUGUCGACAGCUACGGAUGAAAUCGUGCAAAAGGCGGCUCAAGCAAGAUCGUUCACGCGUGAUGGGUUCAUAUUUCUUGGGAUCGCCAUUGCUGUCACCCUCCUGCGGACGUACGCCAGGUGGGACAUGGCUGGGUUCAAGAGAUUUCAGGCCGAUGAUUAUCUGGUUUGGGUUGCGCUUAUGCUGUAUAGUGGAGAGACGGCCAGCAAUUAUCUUUUUGUCAAAGUGAGCCGCGGACUCGCGAAUAACGACAUGACAGAUGAGGAACGUGCAGCUCUGGACCCGAACAGUGUGGAAUUCAGCAUGAGAGAAAGAGGGUCAAAGGCGAAUUUUGCUGCUUGGCCACAGUACGCAGUAAUUAUGUGGUCACUCAAGGCUGCGAUGUGCGUCUACUACCUACGUCUUAUGGAAAGGUCAAAAUAUCGCAACAGAAUUUUCGUGGGCUUUGGCAUGAUUGGCGUCACCUUCGCAAUCGUGAUCAUAGUUAUCUUUGUCUCAUGCACCCCAAUCACCAAAUGGUGGCAGAUGUAUCCGGACCCAGGACCGCUCUGCUACUCUGUGUCCUCCCCGGCCAUCCUGUGGACGUUCAUGGCGUGCAACAUUAUUACCGAUCUUUACAUCAUCUGGCUACCAAUGCCAAUGCUCUUCAAGUCGACGCUGCCCAUGCCUACCAAGAUAGCGCUGGCGACCUUAUUCGGCUGCGGUAUAUUCGUCACAAUCGCCGGCAUACUGCGGGUAACAUACAUCAUCUACUCACCACACGAUCUUCACCACAUCAGCUUCUGGGCCGUGCGAGAAACAUUCGUCGGCAUCGUGACGACAAACCUGCCGUGCAUCUUCGUGCUAGUGAGGCGAUGGCUGUCGCCGUUCUUCAGCUUCCUCCGGACGGGCAGCUUCAACAGCAGCGGCAAGACGAAGCUUUCGCGGCCCAAGAGCAUCUGGGCCGGCCAGGGCCAGGCGCACGCCGCGACGCACAAGUCCAAGUCCUCCUCGGGGGCAGCGAGGGGGUCCCAUGCCUACGCGAUGGGCACGUUCGCCAUGGCUGAGGGGAGUAGCAGCCAGGAGCGCAUAGUUUCGGACUGGCCCGACGGCGGCGAGGGCGGGUUUGGCGCUAGGUUGGGCCGCAAGGUCUCGAUGAAGCGGUCUCGCAGUACCAAGGAACCUAAGGGGGGCGAGCAUGUUGUCGAGCUUGAGGGCAUACAGAAAAUGGUUGACAUUACGAUUGUGGAGGAACACAGGCCCGUGGCGGUUUAUAAGAUUGCCGAUGAAGAGGCGAGCAGGACCACCAAGUCGAUUGACUUCCCCGAACCCCCUGAUUCGGUGUAUGACAGGCGGUGA